AUGGCGUCGUCCCUUCAAGACGAAUCGGCCCUGGAAGCAGAAAUUCAUAAACUGGAACAAGAGAUUGAGAAAAAACGCCUCGAAGAACAGAUAUCUCUGUUGGAAAUGCAACUCCAUCGGGCCAAGCCUGAGGCGCAGCGCCCGAACGCACCAUCCAACCCAUCGGUGGUAGGACAAUCUACCUCCACUUCUCGAACUUCCAGUCCCCGCUCGCUGGAACAUAUGCUUCCCACCCAAAACGUCAGUUGGUCUGGGGCCAACGGACAAAGUCCAGAAGACGACAGUAUUAUCGCGUUGGCGACUCAAGAUUCCGAAGGCGUGGAAUACGACGAGGAAGACUAUGACGAAGAAGAAUGCGACGAAAAUGAGUACGAGGAAGUGUUCGAAGAAUUCGUCGAGUACGUUACCGACGACGAAGAAGAAGAAGUUGGAGAGCAACCUCUCGAAAGCGUUGAAGAAUACGAAGAGGAAGAGGAAAUCCAACAAGCCCCGGUUUCACCCUCCCGAGCUCCUCCUCGUCAGUGGCCUCCUCCGGCACGUCCAGUGAACGACGAGCAUGUAGUUCAAUACGUGGCACCAAAAAAGAACACAGAAGCUCCCGAAGAACCGAAGCAAGUUGCCAAGCCUCGAAAGAAGUGGGUGCCCUUGAGUCAACGGGAUCCCAAAAAGUACCAAGCAGCCAAAGAAGCAACCCCUACACCUCCCAAGUCACCAGGACUGCCCGCUUUGCCGUUCACGCGACGUAAGCUCCCCGACGUUACGACGUCGCCUCCCGGUGAGGAAACAGUUUGGGAACAACUGUUGGGUCCCAAACUCAUUGUCAAUGAAAAGUUGGUCAAAUGCACAACCAACUGUGCUGCUCAGGGACAAGAACUUAUUCUGCUCCUGUUUGGCGCCAAGUGGCGUGCAGAAUGCAAGAUCUUCUACCCACUCAUGAUCGACUUCUUCAAACUAAUGGCUCACCAGCACAAAAUGGAAUGCGUGUACAUCUCGAAUGAUCGUACCUUGAUGGAGUUUAAGGAUAUUUUUGUCAAAAUGCCCUUUUUAAGUUUGCCAACAGGUACGGUGGAAAUCAAGAAUAUCUUGGCGCAACGACUGAAAGUGAACGACUUGCCUGUAUUGGUCGUCAUGACCGCCGACGGUCGUGUCAUCACAACGGAAGGAUACCGCAUGGUGGCAGCCCUGGAGCGUCGGAACGAGGACCAGGCUAACAAACUGGUUGAUGUCUGGAAAAAGGCGCAGACGUACAACAUCGAUCAAGUACCAGCCGAUACCAGUCUCAAACAUGGCAAUUUGGCGCGGGGAACAGUCUACUGGCAAGCAUAA